AUGCUCCAAACAAACAAUGGUACAGACAUUGCUAUCCUCAAUAUGCAAACAUCAAAAGCUCUUCAGGAAUUGGACCAUCGGUCCACAGUGAGAUACAACGUGUAUGUGGCUACAGCGGAGUGGGCAACGAAAAUCCGCUCUUUUACGACCCUGGGACAAUCUGUCUGUCUGGAUAUUGACAUAUAUUUCUUUGGAUCCCGAUCCAACAGCACAGAUGUUGGCAGAAUACUCUCCGACACAGGCCUUUUCCUCCAACCACCUGACUUUCUUGACAGCACCAUCCCAUAUGAUAAUCCUCAUGAAAUCAGCUUCGCAUCCAUCAGCAAUUCUGACUCGAAGAUGAGUGUACCAAUUCCCGAAUUCAGCUCCAUGAGCGAUCCGUCUGUUGAUAUAAUUAACACUGUUUUGGGCAAUCUUGAUCAUAUGGGAAAUCUGGUAAACCUGGAUGUGGAUAUGACUGCCAUCACGACUGUAUUAAAACCGCACCAAAGGGAAGCGCUUGAUUUCAUUGCAGAUCGAGAAUCACCACAUAUGUCCGAGCGCUUCUCGCUGUUCAAGCAGUGCGUUGACUCUCGAAAUCGCAAGUACACUCAUAGUUACGAACAUUCUGUGGCUGGGUGUAGAAAACCGCAAAAACCACCCGAAGACUUUGGAGGCAUCAUCGCCGAUGAGAUGGGACUUGGAAAAACUCUGACGAUGAUCUCAGCCAUUGCAACGACAUUAGAUCGAGCACGGCGGUUUUCAGAUGAGGAUUUUUGUAGAGGAAAAGAAGUGGGCGCAAUUAAGAGAACCCGGGCUACCCUUGUCAUAUGCCCUGCUACUAGACACGUUGCUCCACGGUUACUUAAAUGUACAAAAUAUCACGGAACAUCUAAAGCUACCAAGACCGAAAUUCUGGACUCAGAUAUUGUCUUGACGACUUAUGCUACACUUAUAGCAGAUUCAAGUCGAAAUAGUAUCCUCCACGAUAUUCAUUGGUUUCGCAUCAUCAUCGAUGAAGCUCACUCCAUUCGGCACCAGCAAACUAAACAAUUCCGCGCUGUGGUAGCCCUUUCAGCCAAAUAUCGGUGGUGCCUUACUGGAACACCAAUUCAGAAUGUGCUUAAUGACCUGGGGGCUUUAGUCCGUUUCCUCCGUGUACCGCAAUUGGACGGGUUGUCCGACUUUUACAGACAUGUUGCCGGACCCGUCGAAAAGCGUAAUGCUGCAGGGUUUCAACGACUGCGAGAGCUCCUGCAGUGCAUCUGCCUACGGCGCACGAAAGACCUGCUGAAGCUUGCCGAGCCUGACUCACGCAUUGAGCUUGUACAACUCACAGAAGAAGAACGAAACGAGUAUUGCCGUAUCGGAGAAGGCCACCGACAGGCCAUAGAUCGAGCGAUUGAGAGAAGAAACCUCACAGACGCAUCUAGUGGCCUUUUCCGUGCUAUUUCACGACUCCGAGCCUUUUGCAACUCCGGUCUCUGUGUUAAGCCAGAGGAGGCUGAUACUACUAAGGAUGAAAGUCUCUCUCUUCUCGAACAAGACGACCAAGCAGUAUGCUCUUACUGCUCAUGUGAUGUAAGCUCUAUAGGUGACCAGGAAUCAGCCAGCUCCGGGGUAAUUCUACCCUGCUCGCACCUCCUUUGUCAAGAGUGUGUAUGUCGAACCGAGGAAAUACACAAAACCCGAAUUCGCUGCGUAGUAUGCGGUAGCAUUUGCUCAUCGCUAAGAGACGAGCAACAGCAGCUACCGAUAUCGGACGGCGCGUCAUCAAAGUUGAGGAGCUACAGCUCGAAAUUGGAAGCUCUUUUGCACAAUGUUAUGCAUCACCGAGCAGAGAAAUGCAUUGUUUUCUCUUCAUGGAAGAAGUCCAUUAAGCUCGCCGCAUCAUAUCUCACCGCUCACAAUAUCCCGGUCUGUGUUGUCGACGGCUCAAUGACACUUCCCGAACGGCGCUCCCAGAUUCUGCGCUUCCAGCAAGAUCCAACAAUUCCUGCACUCCUAAUGACGCUUGGAACAGGUGCAGUCGGCUUGAAUCUCACCGUGGCCAAUCGUGUCCAUAUUCUUGAGCCGCAGUGGAACCCUUCCGUUGAGAAGCAGGCAAUUGGACGAGUCAUAAGACUGGGUCAAGAGAAAAAGGUCAUAAUCGUGCGAUACAUAGUCGAGCAUACUGUAGAGCAGGUAUGCGUAUGA